AUGGCGACGGCGGCGGUGGGUUCUUCCCAAUUCUCGGGGAUGGAUGUCUCUCGGACGAUCCAAACCCCGCAGCAGCAGCAGCCCCGGCAGGGAUGGAGGAAUGGGCGGUCGAAUUUGCGGCUGCGCGCGUCGGCGGCGGCGAGCGCGAGGUAUGGAUCAUCGCCGGUGGCGCCCUGCGAGUCCUACUCGAUGCUGGGCAUCCGGCCGGGCGAUUCCAAGCAGGAUCUCAAGCGCGCCUACCGGAGGCUCGCGCUCCAGUAUCAUCCGGAUGUUUGCAAGGGCGAUCACUGCGCGCCCAAGUUCCAGGAGAUCAACGCGGCGUACGAGCUCCUCCAGAAGAUCAUGGACGGGAGCGCCGUGGCCGCCCCGGUGGACGAUCGCUACUACUACAGCGACGACGAGGAGGAUUUGGAGGAGUACAAGUCGGGGUGGGAGGGCGCGUGGGUGUUUUGA